GGGGUUUUGUCAUGCAUCUCUGUGAAUUUUGUUUCUCUGACAAUGAGGUAGAAGCAGUCGUCGUCUGUAGACCUGUUCUGUUCGACAAGGAUAAUGUCUGACCGCGGAGAAAUUAGACACAGGCGUGGAAGGCCUGCCGAUGCUGUCACUGAGCCAGCGAAAGGUCUGACUGCUGAGGAUGCUGCAGAGCCCAGCUUGACAGGAAUUGUCGUAGAAGGAAUUUUAGGGUUUCUUCUGUGGUCCAGUGUCUGGCAGAUUGCACCAUGUCUCUGGCUUGUGCCUCUCGAUGCCAUGGGAGUGACUGGCUGGGAGGCUGCGGUGGUAUUCUGGGUAGCAGUGUCGUCGCUUCUCGGAGUGACCUGCCUGCAAAAGGCACUGGGAUCCCCAUUCGGCGUGUUUAUCUUGCGCUGUGUUGGCCUGGCCUGUUCAUUCGGCUCCUAUCCAUUUCUGCCAGCUGAGGCCAAGAUCCCUCGCUACUUGCUGCUUGUGGUCGGUACAACAUUCUUGUUCAUGGCCUGGUUUCUCCAGUACUGGGGACUUGCUGGCAAAAAGGAGAGUCAGCGUUCAGCUAUGAUGAAUGGAUUUGUUGUUGGCAUCUUCGUCAAUCUGGCCGUGCGCUCCUGGUUCCGCUCUCUCCAUCCCGUGUUUGUGUACGACGAGUGGGGAUAUGCAGCUCUGAUUGUUGGUGCUGUGUGUUCGCUACAACGUCUCGUCGCCUUGUGGGGACAGUCGUAUCACUGGAAGAAACCCACCAUGUAUGCUGGACCCGGUGCUACUGUAUCCGGUAUGACACUUGGACUGCUGAUCUUCCUGACUGGAUUUCUCUUUGGAGACUCGUCAGUUCUCAGCCGCUGGGUUGGCACUGGAUACCCGCAACCCGGCCCUAGUCCCAACCCAUGUGGUGUGAGUGUAAUUUUGGCUCUUGGCUUUGGAGUGCUGUGUCUGCCCUGCAUUGCCAACCGAUUUGUAUGGUGGCUGCUUGGUGCAGCCGGUGCCGCUACCAUGUACUACAUUCCCGGUGAUGUUGGCUAUGUGGGUGGCCUGUUCUUCGCCGUCUACCUGGGUUCAUUGUACCCUCAGGUUCUGCGGCGUGCUGUCCAACAUCCUAUCGGGCGAACAGCCGUCAUCAUGUCGCUGACGUUCGUCAUGUCGGUCGUACUGCUCGUGUGGGCCACCGCGUACAACUUUGUUCCUGGCGGCGAGCUGACUCGGGAGCGCACUCACUUCAUCUUGCUGGGCGCCAUUGUCGUCCUGGGCUUUGCGACGUGCGUGUACGGAGAGUCGGUUACAAGUGCUAAGGACGCCGAGGACAAGUCCGCAGUCCGAGCUGAAUUGCUGCAAAAGAAACACCUCAAUAAGAAGGCUAUGCUGAUUGUUCUGAUGCUGAUGGCUGUUGGUAUUGCCGGUAUUGCUGUUCGCUAUCAAGCCUACAAGCCCCAGGAAAAUGAACCAAAAUCCAAUGAGUUCACUGCGGCUAUCUGGACUGUGCACUUCGGUAUUGAUAACUAUGGUCGCAAUAGCUUUGAUAACAUGGCCAACCUCAUCAAUGCUUCAGGUGCUGAUGUUAUUGGUUUGCUGGAGACUGAUGCUGCCAAGCCUUUCCUGGCUAACUACGACAUGGCAAUGUACUUGAGUGAAGUGCUCAACAUGUACACCGACUAUGGUCCAGGCCCACGCCAUCACACUUGGGGAUGCCUCCUACUAUCCCGCUUCCCUAUCAUCAGGUCACAGCAUCUACUCCUGCCAUCUCCACAUGGUGAGAUUGCACCAGCUAUCCACGCCACGCUGCUUAUUGACGGCAAGCACGUCGAUGUGAUGGUGGUGCACAUGGGUGUAGAUUCUGAUGAUCUUGAUCGAAAGCUUCAAGCGCAGACACUGGCCAAUGUGCUCAAGUCAAUCCCCAACCCCGUGUUCUUCCUCGGCUACAUCACGUGUAAACCAGGCGGCCGCGACUACACGCAGAUCAGCAGAGACGGCAACAUGACGGAUAUCGAUGCUACAGAGAUGGAGCGAUGGUGCGAGUAUGUGUUCUACCGUGGCCUGAUCAGGCAAGGAUUCGCUCGCAUCACUCAUGGUAGCUUGACAGAUACCGAGAUGCAGGUGGCCAAGUUUAGAGUAAAGUCCUCUGCUACCGAGCCCGACAAUAACCAGAUUGUCUACGGUGUUGACAAGGUCCCCAUGCACCUUCGUUUCCCUGCAAGGUUUGGCGAGAGGCGACAAGGGCACCACUACGCUCGCUUCUUCCUCGAUCACGUCUUCCACAUGAACACGCCACGCUACUUCGUUCGCUCUUAGAGUGUGGCGGCGACUUGGCUGCAAUGACAUCAAACUACAACUCGUGCUCCCAUCGAUGACAUGUGAUUGUCUCUGAUUGGUGAGAUGUGUGGUUACUUAACAACCAAUGUCCUGUCCUCUAAGCAAUCUGGUGGUUGAUCUCUGACAUGUUCCAAGACUGUACAAGAUUCGACACAAACACCCACACAGAAUUGGCAUAUUCCUAACAUUUAUUAUGAGUUCUAUGGGUCCUACAUUGUCUUUCUUUUCUUUCUUUUUAUAACCACUUUGACUGUUACAGCAGGGCCUGUGAUUUUUGUCUGACCUACUAGUGUAACCAAAUUGAUUGGCAUGUCUAGGCUGUUGAAGAGCAGAAUUUAUACUUGUUUCCCAUUUGCUUGCCCCGUCCCGCAGAAGGAAGAAUAACAGUCAACACUUGUCUAUCAGGGAAUAAGACGUGUGCUGUUGUCUGGUGACUAGUCCUGCCUGAGAUUGCUGCUGCUGCUGCGGCUUCUGCUGUAGUUUUGUAGGAUAGUGGAAAACAAUGUGACCAUAGGCUCACUGUUCACACUAUGAAGUCACUAUGACUGCUAUUGGAGCUCGAGUAUGUUUGAUGUCUCGUGAUAAGAUCACGACGGUCCCACUUU